UUGACUCUUUGCCUUCUUAUCGUUGACACUGUAUUUAAUUACAGUGAUUAAAAUAUCAAUUAUUGGGAAAUAGGGGAGAGGCGGGAAGCGUGUAGUGGUCAAGUGUCGCAUAUUUCGAGUGAUUUGGUUUUUUGCCCACGCUCCCCUAGAUUUUGAGACGGAACUUGUUUGUUAUUAAGAAAUAAAAGAUAAAUUUUUAGCCACGUUGCGUUUUUGUCGUCAAAUUUCAGUAAUGCCUUGACUUGCUGCGUCUCAAGAUGUUCCUCGUUUAUUUCGCAAGUUUUCUGCUCCUACUGUACUACAUUUACGCGAAAAACUACAACUACUGGCAGUCGCGAAAUGUCCCAACCGACAAACCGUUCCUCUUCUUCGGCAGUUUUUACAACAUUGCCGUGCGAAAGGAGCACAUUUUCGAACGCAUUCGCACGAUCUACAACCAGUUUUCGGCCCCUUAUGUCGGUAUUUACAUUUUCCACCAGCCGGUGCUCCUGAUCCGGAGCCCGGAAAUCCUCCGGAAGGUCCUGGUCAAGGACUUUGACAAGUUCACCAACAGAAAUAUCGCCACAAAUGAAGCUGUGGAUCCCCUGGCUUUUCACACACUUUUCAUUUCGAAGGACGCAGUUUGGCGCAAUUUACGCGCCAAGUUAUCGCCGGUCUUCACUUCCGGCAAAAUGAAGCUAAUGUUCCCGCUGAUGCAGGAAUGCGUCGACGAUUUGCACCGCUUUUUGGCGCAAAACACCGACGAAAUCGACGUGAAAAUCACGAUGAAAAAAUACUCGGUCGAUAUUAUUUCGACUUGUGCGUUCGGAAUCAACACUUUUUGCUUCCGGAACGACAACUCGGAGAUUUUGAAGAUGGCCACGCAAUUGGUUGAUUUCAAAUCGGUCGUUCGGAGCAUUUCCAUUUUUAGUUUUUUUUUCAUGCCGAGUUUUGUCGACAUUUUCAGGCUGACUUUUGCCGACAAAACCGCCUCCGAUUAUCUCCUGAAUGUGUUCAAAACCACGCUACAGGAGCGAGAGAAGAAGAAAAUAAUUAGGAACGACUUUAUUGACCUUUUGAAUAAUUUGCGCAAGACUGAGACGAUCACAGAUGGCUAUAAAUUCGACAACGACAUCAAAAUGGCCGCACAGGCUAUAGCGUUUUUCUCAGCUGGAAACGACACAACUUCGAUCACAUUGGCGCUGACUUGUUACGAACUCGCUUUAAAUAAAACAAUUCAGGAUCGGUUACGACACGAAGUUACGGAAAUUUACAACGAAAGUGAGGCGUUUACGUACGAAAACAUCGCACGUAUGAAAUACCUUGAUAUGGUUUUGAACGAAACGUUACGGAAGUACCCUUUGGCGCCAUUUUUAAACCGGAAGUCGGACGUGAAAUACACGUUCGAAGAGACCGGCUUUACCCUAGACAAAGGCGUCUCGAUUAUUGUGCCAAUCUCGGGACUUCACUACGAUCCUGAGUAUUAUCCUGAUCCUGAGAAAUACGAUCCUGAGCGGUUCAGUGACGAGAACAAGAAGAAUCUGACGCCGUAUACGUACCUACCGUUCGGGGAAGGCCCGAGAAAUUGCAUCGGGCAAAGGUUCGCCUUGUUGGUCAGCAAGGUGGCGCUCGCAUCGAUUAUCAAGGACUUUGCUUUUGACGCAACAAAUCGCACCCCUGUGCCGCUCCGCUUCGACCCUGGCUCGCUUUUUGUGCAAAACAGGGGCGGACUCUAUUUAAAAGUAUCAAAAGUCGCGGCGUAACCACGCCACUGGAUUUACUGUCAAUAAAAAUUUAAACAAUGA